AUGGCUGCCGCUCCCAUUGUCGAGGCUAUGCCCAUAUUGGAUCCCCGGACAGCUGCUAAGACGGUAUCAUGGCUAUCGAAGGAUGUGGAUUUCGACCCUCAAGCCCUCAAAUCAAAGUACCUAGCCGAGCGAGACAAGCGCCUCGACAAUGGCGGCUUCACCCAAUACCGAACGGUGGAGGGCUCGCUCCUCGGCUACGUCGAGGACCCUUAUGUCGAGCCUGGCUUCACCCGCGAUCCCGUCGACCUGGACUGUGAGGUCGUGAUCAUUGGCGGAGGCUACGGAGGCCAGUUGGUUGCGGUGCGGCUCAUCGAGCAGGGCAUCAACAACUUCCGUAUAAUCGAGAAAGGGGGCGACUUUGGAGGCACAUGGUAUUGGAACAGAUAUCCUGGCGCCCAAUGCGACGUGGAAUCUUACAUCUAUAUGCCUCUUCUCGAAGAGACCAACUACAUACCCACCGAGAAGUACGCACAUUCGCAAGAAUUGCUGAAACACUCGAAAAGGAUUGGAGAGCAAUACGACCUCUAUUCAAGGGCUCUGUUUCAGACUGAGGUGCUCUCGCUACGGUGGUGUGCCUCCGAGUCGUCGUACUGGUCGGUGGAGACGAAUCGGCACGACAGCAUUCGAGCACGCUUCGUCAUUCCUGUCGCCGGUCCACUUCAUAAACCUAAGCUGCCUGGAUUACCUGGCAUAGAGUCAUUUCAGGGCCAUUCGUUCCAUUCGAGCCGUUGGGACUAUGAUUACACAGGAGGAAAUGAAAACGGUGGACUUACUAAACUCGCAGACAAGCGCGUCGGUAUUGUUGGAACAGGCGCCACUGCGGUCCAGCUUGUUCCGCAACUCGGGGCUUGGGCGAAGGAGCUCUACGUGUUCCAGCGGACGCCCUCCUCUAUCGAUAUUCGGGGGAAUAAGCCAACAGACUGGGACUGGGCGAGGACACUGCAUAAGGGCUGGCAACAAGAACGGAUGGACAAUUUCACCACCAUCCUCAGCGGCGUCUAUCAGGAGAAAGACCUGGUUGCCGACGCCUGGACCGAGUCUCUCUCCAACCUCCGGCCAAACCCGACCAAGAUGAAGACCAUGACCCCAGAAGCCUACGCCGCGGAGCUUCAGCUCGCCGACUUCAAGAAGAUGGAAUCGCUCCGGGCACGUGUCGAUGCCAUAGUCCAAGACAAAAAGACAGCCGAGAGCUUAAAGCCGUGGUAUAACCACUUUUGCAAGCGGCCCUGCUGCCACGACGAGUAUUUGCAGACAUUCAACCAGCCGAAUGUUCAUCUCAUCGACACCGCAGGCAAAGGGGUCGAAGCUAUCACACCGCGAGGGAUCGUAAGUAAGGGCCAGGAGUAUGAACUGGACUGUAUCAUCUACGCCACCGGGUUCGAAGUGACCACGGAUCUAUCCCACCGCGCCGGGAUGGAGAUCUACGGGCGCGAUAACCUGGCCCUGAGCGAGAAGUGGCGCGAAGGCCCAUUGACGUACCACGGCUGGACCACACACGGCUUUCCCAACUGCUUCCUCGUCGGCAACCUACAGUCGGCGCUGUCGGUCAACUUCAUCCACCUCACCAACGAGCAGGCCAAACACCUCGCCUACGUUGUCUCCGAGUGCCGACGGCGCGGGAUCGACGCGGUCGAGGCCAGUGCGGCCGCUGAGGCCGCGUGGGUCGACACCAUCAUCGAGACGACCAAGAUGCGGUUCAACCUCCUGCGCGACUGUACCCCGGGCUAUUACAACAACGAGGGUGACUUCUCGCUGCGGGCUCAGCGCAACGCGCCCUACGGAGGCGGCGUGCUGGCCUUUAUUGAUAUUCUGAAGAAGUGGCGCGGGGAGAAUAAAUUCGAAGGCUUGGACGUUACGCGUUCGGGAAAGAACGGGGCUUCUUGA